AUGUCACAGGAAAUGAAUGAUAAUUGUUGUCCAUUAUGUUUUUCUAGGACAUCAUUUUUUGAUAUUAAUCUUAAUUUAAGACUUUUAAUAUGUGAGAACCUUGAGGAUAAUGGAAAUGGUUUGUACAAUGUUGCUGAUUCACCAGUAUCAGCUUCUACAACACCAAUAAUGACAAGUAAUGAAAUAACAUUAUUGCCAGAAACUGCACAAAUGGAAGCUCAAUCAUCAUUCAUAAUAGCUCCGGCGGAGAUAAAUGACAUGGAAUUAAAUGAUUUAUUAUUACUAAACGAUCCAACAACAACCAUGAACACAAAUAUUUUGCAAGAUUUUUCAGAAUUUGCCGAAUUUGCCGAAUUAUUUAAAGAAUUCCCAGGAUCAUUAGUAUCAAUGUCAGAAGAAACUGUUGAAAAUAUUCUAAAUGAUCAAAGUAACUUUGAUUUUUCGUCAUUUUUAUUAAAUAACAAUAAUAUCACUGAUGGUGGUGGCGUUGAUGGUGGCAGUGUAAUUGCUGAAGUUGCUGUUGCUAACGAUGAUGUCAUUACUGCUGAUAGCAUUGUUAAUGGUGGUGAAGUUGCUGAUCAAAGUCAAGAUUUAAUUGCUCAACUUGGAUUUUUCUUUCAAUGA